GCUCGGCCCCGCCCAGCCCAGCUCGGCCCGGCCCGGCCAGCGCGGCCCUCGGUGGCCGGCAUGCCGCGGUAUUGCGCCGCCACGCGCUGCAAGAACCGCGGUGGCCAGAGCGCCAAGGACCAGCGCAAGCUCAGCUUCUACCCGUGAGUGGCCGCGGAGCGGGACAGGGUCCGGGUGAGCGCUGGCCGUGGGGGUGGUAGUGAGCCCCACCGCGGAAGUAAAUGGCAGAAAGACUCAACGGGUCGACCACGCUGGUGGUCGCCUUGGAACCCCUCCUGGUCCCGGGAGGCUGGAGGGAAACAACGCUGACCCCCUGGGGGUAGGGACGGUGUAGCGAAUAAAGAGUGCACAGCUCGGAGCAAGCACACACACCGCCCCUCGCACAAGGAGGACGGGACUUGGGGGAGGAGGCGAUGACACGGCAGCAUCUGAGGACUCCGAAAUAGGUGCGGAGGGUCCGUGAAGUGAAGAGCAAGCAAAUUUGGCUAAUAUAUAAAAUUUACGCUUCUGGCUCUGUUUCGCUGCUGGCUGUAUGGAAGCGAUGUUCCAGCAGGGCAGGCAGUAGUGGAGGCUUUGGCUUGAUGGUGAAGUGUCUGUGCAAUGACGGGUUACAUGCCAGGAGCAGGACCCGGAAGAGUAAGCAAGUUUCCACUUCGUGAUAAAGAGCGACUUGAGAAAUGGCUGCGGAACAUGAAGCGGAGUUCCUGGACUCCGAGUAAGCACCAGCUCCUGUGCAGCGAUCACUUUACCCCUGAUUCCCUGGACGUGCGGUGGGGGAUACGCUACUUGAAAAACACCGCUGUGCCAACCAUUUUCUCUUCCUCAGAUGAUGAAGACCUGAAGCAAAGUUGUGGAAGAUGCUUACAUGAGUUCUUGGCCUCUGAGGAAAAAAAUUCUUCUCAGAGCAGUCCACAACAGGUAAAGAAAGAAGACCGGGAAGAAACAAAUGUUGUGUCAGAGAAAGUAUCUGUACCACUUGAACUUUGUACACCAAAGAAAAAUCCUGUAAUUGCACAAAAUGUAGAGGAAAAGGCAGAAGUGGUUUGUCCAACUGCACUGAGUAAACCUUUACAAGUUCAAAACCUGCAGCUUCCAGGUGAAGGUGGCUUUCGGGUAGACAGUGUCAUUCUUGGUAGUUCAUGUGGGCGGUAUGUACAUCAGCCUAAUCCCUUUUUAUUGACAGCAGCAGUCCAAAGCAUGGAAGCUACCAGUGUUCAUACUUCUGUAGAGGAUUCAGGAGGUUGUACAGCUACAGUCCUGCAAUUUACAGACCCUGACUACUUGAAUUCAUUUCUGAAACCGAACAGUGCCUUAGGGUCAGUUACUGACUAUGCAGUUGAAAAUUCUGUCCCUCAUUUGGUCUGUUCUGGUGAAGUGCAGACAAGUGAAGAUGCAGUUCUACUGAGUACAGUCACACAAACCAUUGAACAGUUCAGUGGAAGUGAAGAGUCUGUCAUUGCUAUUAUUAUGCCAGCUGAGAGUCCAGAAGAGCCUGAAAGAGUAAAUAGUUCUUUCCUGCCUGUUAAGGAAGAGUUUCUUGAUGCAGGGGAGACAAAAGUGACUGAACACGACAGAAAUGAAAUACUGCAGACUGAGCAUUCAUACUGCAGGCAAGAAAUGGACAGAGAUCACCUUUGGCAAAAAAUUUCAAAACUCCACUCUAAGAUAACUUUACUUGAAAUGCAGGAGGUAAAAACUUUGGGAAGGCUCAGGUCGUUGGAAGCUCUUAUUAGACAGCUGAAGCAAGAAAACCUGCUUUCUGAGGAAAAGCUGAAGAUGGUAGAAAAUUACUUUACAACACUUGAAGUGACUAUGAUACAGUAAAGGCUUUCAAUUUAUGGUUCUAAAAUAUCUUUUUAGCGUCUUUGACUGUACUUUUGGACAAAUUAACUUUUAUUUCCAGUUGUAAUGUUGUAAAUAUCUAAUGCAAAUCAUGUGAAUAGCAAAUAUUCUUUAAAAUGUUACAUCAACCAAAGCUAAGUGGUAGAAUGCUGUCUGUAAAACAUGACUGGCAAGUGAGAUUAAAAAAAACCCUCUGAAUUGGGCAAAGAUUUUUUAAGUCAGUAAGAUAAUUUAACCCUUUCUCAGCUGCAGGCUUCUCUCGAAAGUGCAAUGCCUGCAUUAGGGACAGCAGUAGAAUGGAUAAAACAAGCAUAUAGUAUGAAGAAUUAUAUAUGUAUAUAUUUGCAUUGUCCAGUGAGGCCAAAAUUGCUCUUUAGUUUUCUGUUCAUGUAACAUUUGUUCUGAUGUUUUUAUGUAUGCUUUGAUCUUAUUAAAAAUGUUUCUGCAUAAACACUGUUUUUAUUCAUUUGUUUCUA